AUGUCUUCCAACGCCUCCACCUACUCCAACCCCUUCACCGUCGACCCUGCCGAGAUCCGCGACAUCAACGUCCAUGCCCGCGUCCCCGUGACCCUCGACGCCUCCAACUCCACGUACUUCGCGUGGAAGACGUACUUCACGCUGCUCUUCCGCGAGAACAAUCUCGUGGAUCACGUGGAUGGCACCGUGGACUCCCGCACCAUGGUGGCCGACGCCGAGUGGACCGCAAUCGACGCCACGAUCUUCCGGUGGUUCUUCACCACCAUCUCCAAGGACUUGUUCCACACGGUCGUGAGUGCCGGCGACGACGCCCGCGCCCUGUGGGUCAAGCUGAACGGCCUCUUCACCGACAACCAGCUUCAGCGCCGCGUUUUUCUGCAGCAGGAAUUUUUUGACUGUCACCAGGAUGAACAGUCCAUUGAUGACUACUGCCGCCGCCUGAAGACGUUGGCGGACGAGCUCCAUGACAUUGGAGCCAAGGUGGACGACGACCUCCUCCUCAGCACGCUCACCGCCGGCCUCAACGAGGACUUCGGCAACGCCGCCUCUAACCUCACCUUGAUGUCGGAGCCCUCCUUCCCCAAGUUUCUGGCGUACUUGAGGUUGGAGGAGCGCCGGAUGAAGGGGGUCAAGAAGCGUGUGCAGCACCACGCCCUCGCCGCCGGCACCUCCCUUGGCGCGGUGCAUACCACGGGAGGUCGACGCGCGGUGACGGCGGAGUGGACCGCGGGCCGCGACGCUACGGCCCAAGGGGCGACGCAGCGGCGGUAG